CUGAGAAAGUUGUGCGAAAUGUGUGAAUUUGAUUUUUUACGAAUUUAUUUAUAUAACACGUGAAUUAAUUAAUUCUAACGCAAUGGAGCCCAAGUGCGAUCAAGAUAUAAUACAAACUAUGUGGAAACAAAAUGUGUGUUUGUGUUGUUUGGCCAAAAAUGUACAAUUUGUUACUCUGAGAACUUGUAAACAUACUAGUUUUUUCGAGUUUUUCUUCAAGUUUAAGUUCCAGUAUCAGAAUUCGGUGAUAUGCAAUGAGUGUCACUACCACUUGAAAAGAAUUGAGCUUUUCAAAUCGCAAGUGGAAGAAAGCCUCAGCUUAUUAUGGAGUGGACAGCCACUACCUGCGAAACAUCCAAAAAUGUACCAAAACUUUGUCUGUACCGAACCGGAUGUCACUAAUAUCGAUGACCCUGAAGAUGGCGACACUAAUAUAAUAAUCAAAACUGAACCAGAAUCAUGUUUCGCCGAUGAAAAUUUAGUAGAAUUUGAGGAAUACGAAUAUGAAGAACAAAAUCCAUUGGCGGAUAAUACCAAAGAAACGGAGUAUGAGUUACAGAACGAGUUGAAAAUAGAAGAGAAGUCCCAAGAUUCGGACACGCCGUUAUCACAAAUUGUGACCGUGAAUUUAAGAAAUACUAAAGUUAGCGCGCAAAUUAAGGCAGACACAAGAACAUCAUUUUUAAAGGAUGAUGCGGUACAUCUAAGAGCCAAUUCAUUAGAAGGUGGCGCACAAAAUGAGAAGAAUAUACGUGGAGUCGAGGUUCCGAUAGAGCAUGGCAGGGUACGGUCCAGCGCUCUGCAAUUCGCCAAAAUGCUGGAGUUUAUGGAAAA